GUUAAGUAAAGACGCGCCUUUAUUUUCUAAUGUUUUCACAAUCCCAAUUGUCUGUCACCUGUCAACAUGUGACAUUUCUGACCACUGACGGGCACCCGCUCGCCAUCUUUCUUUUUUUGACAAGUUUGUUUUGCUGUUGUCGGGCUUAAAAAACAGCAUCGAAAAUGAAAUUUAACAAACUGGUGACCGCUUCGAGGAGCAAGAACAGGAAAAGGCAUUUUUCCGCCCCCUCGCACAUUAAGCGAGUCCUUAUGUCAGCCCCGUUGUCUAAAGAACUUAGACAAAAAUACAACGUUAGGUCCAUGCCAAUCCGUAAAGACGAUGAAGUCCAGGUUGUGAGGGGACACUACAAGGGCCAACAAGUCGGCAAAGUUGUCCAAGUAUAUAGGAAGAAAUUUGUUAUCUAUAUCGAGAGGAUACAAAGAGAAAAAGCUAAUGGGGCCAGUGUUUACGUUGGUAUUCACCCAUCUAAGGUAGUGAUUGUAAAACUGAAAAUGGACAAGGACAGGAAGAAGAUCAUCGACAGGAGGGCAAAGGGACGUCUCGCUGUAUUGGGCAAAGACAAGGGCAAAUACACAGAAGAGUCCGCCGCUGGAGCAGUGGAGACUUCUUAAGUGUAUAGUUAAUGUUUUUUAUUUAAUAAAUAAGAUACUAAAAA